AUGUCUAACCCAAAAUUCAGGAUUGCUAUCUGCGGAGGAGGGGUAGGCGGUCUGACAUUAGCUGUUGCUUUAUCCCGCUACCAGGAUAUUGCCGUCGAUGUGUAUGAAGCCGCGCAGACCUUUUGUGAGAUUGGGGCUGGUGUUGGUGUCUGGCCCAGGGCAUUCAGGGUCUUACGAAAAUUUGGACCCGACUUCGAACAGCAACUGCUUCAACGCUGCGGUUACGAAUACACAGAAGAUUAUGUCCCAGCUGUUAAAAGCCGUAAAAGCAAUCAAGCUGUCGGCAUUGAACUGUUUGAUCUGAUGACGAAAGGCAAACUUAUGCGUUUCCAUCGAGCCGACUUCCAUGGCGUACUACUCUCAUUUCUUCCACCGUCCUGCACAACGCACAACGCCAAGCGGCUGAUAUCAUACACCCAGCCUUUGGAAGGCAGUCCGAGAAAUUCACCAAUUACGCUAACAUUCGUGGAUGGAUCAACUGCUACGUGCGAUGUUUUAAUUGGUGCUGACGGGAUCAAAUCCGCAGUCCGGCCCUGCAUGUUGCGCGAAUUGGCUGAGAGCCUGGAUCCCGAUGAAAAGCAAUCUGUGCUCUCUUGCAUGAGCCCAAUCUGGAGCGGUGUUGCUGCGUACAGAACACUCGUUUCCGCAGAGAAGCUGCGUGCGCGUUGUCCCGAUCACCGUACCUUAAGGGAGUUUACUCAGUACAUGGGAAAAGAUGCUUACUUUCUUGCAUACCCUAUUUCUCUUGGACAAUAUGUCAAUUUUGCGGGGUUCACGCUUGAACGCGAUGUCGUUGACUUGGCGUAUAAAGCUGACACAGAAAUCCCUCGUCCGUCUUUCAAAGGGAAGACAAACGAUGAGUGGGUUAGUGAACUCACUGCUCAGCAGUUUGUUGAGCCUUUCAAAGACUUGGAAGAGGAUGCACAGCACCUUCUCGAAUGUGUGGAGAAGGGCACGCUUUGGGCUGUACACACUGUGAAAACUUUACCGUCCACUAAUUUCAGGCGAGUUGCGAUCAUGGGAGAUGCCGCACAUGCAAUGACGCCGUUCCAAGGCUCUGGUGCUGGCCAGGGCAUCGAGGAUGCUUACUUGCUCAUGACUGUUCUUGGUCAUAAAUCCACAACCCUAGAAACGGUACCUAGGGCCCUCGCCAUCUACGACAAGUUGAGAAGGCCAUUCUCAUCAGAAGUGGCACUGCGCUCGAUGCGUGGGGGGCAACUAUGCGCGUUUCAAGAGGACGUCCCUUUGCACGAGCUCGGUGAUGCGAUCACCAAAAAUUGGGAGUGGGCAUGGCUGACUGACUUAGAUGAUGCUUUGGAAGAAGCUGUCAGGCUUGUGGAGGACAGCUCGAUCGAUGUCAACUGA